CAUCUCUGCAACUUGUACUGUCUCCUAGCGAUUUCCCCUUUUGUCGCCCUCGGCCCAGAGUGCCACCUCGACCCCUAGAUCUGUCAUCUCUUGCCUCGCGUCCGCAUCGGCAUGCGCCAGUGCGGACGAUAAAGGGAAGGGGAAGGGAAGUUCACUUCUCCCCCCUGACCGUUCGUCCUGACAUGGUGGAGGCCCCCCCUGAUACCGUGGCGCACACGGAAGAGAUCCCUCUCGCCACCCACGACGAUGUCGCAUCGCCUGCACGCACCCGAAUCGACGAGACAACCACCAGGAAGAGGGUGCCCAAGGUACGUAUCGUGUGUCGUGGGAGGGAGACGACACUCAGGGGAGGAGGCGCAUGGACGUCUCCCACAUCUGCCUGUGCGUGUGUGGUGACUGGCUGGGUGUGUGCAGGGUCUGGAGCUGAUAUGGAACGACCUGCAGGGCAUCGAGGACUCCAGCUCCGAUGAGGACAGCACGGCCGACCGUGGUGUCCUCCUCUCGACGCCCACCUCGUCAUGCGCCUUUGUGGGGGAGAUCACGGAGGAGAUCAAGGCCAUGAUACCGCGGGACGAAGACGGCAACCUGACCAGCAUCGGCUCCAUCGAACACGCCAAGGACCCCUCCAAGUGCCAGCCGUGCCUCUUCCACCACCGACAGGGGUGCACCAACGGACUCGCAUGCAGAUUCUGUAAGCAGUGCACACACCAUCGGAGUCUGACCUGACUGGCGGACGGGACGCAGACAGAGGGGAGGAGGGGGGAGACAGGCAGGAGACGGCAGCAACAAGGCAGAUCCAUCCGCAUGGGCGAAUGCUUGUUGAUCUGGGCUGUGUGAGAGCCUAUAAUCGAUCGUGGGUCUGUGUGUGUGUGUUUGUCAUGAUGGUCAGGUCAUUUUCCGCACACUCCCCGCAAGAAGAGUCGGGCAUCAAAGAGGAAACGACUGCGGCAAAAGGCGCAGCAAAACGUUGAGGUGGGAGGGGGGAAGCUCACACCGUCUGUGCCACCCACUGCCCUACGUGUGUCCCCUCUGUGUGUGUCUAGGAUGAGGCGGAGAACGCUCUGUCUCAGACCACUCAACUGCUCCUCUACCAGCCGGCAGCGGGUCAGUCACCACAGACACCCCAUACAACACACAGAAGACUAGACUCCCCACUUGUCGACUCUUUCACCCUCUGUCUGUGUCUGCCUGUCUGUGUGUGUGUGUGUGUGGUCAGGUUUUCACCACAAGCUGUUCCCUCCGGUAUCUCAGUCGAGGGAGGCCCUCCCGCUGCCCGUCCCCCACACACUCUCUGACCCCGACCCACACACAACCACCCGCACCGACCAGAACGACGCCGACAGCCACGCCUCCGAGGACGACUGCCUCGACGAGCGGUCAUCCCACUCGCCAUUCCUCCCAUCCACCCGGCCGCUGGCGCGUGUCGUGCCGCCCCCUCUCGUCAAGAACGGCGCUGUCGUGGCGGCCACCAUGUCGGCUCCGCCGGCAUCGGCAUCGUCGCAGCCCAGCAGCAGCAGUGCGCCGGACCCCACUCUCUCGCCGCCAUCGGUCGCCUCGACGUCCCCCUUUUCAAACGCCCUCUUCCAGCCGACCCAGACCACCUUCAGCAGCCAGCAGGGGACCAAGGGGCGAUCGCUGUCGUCGCUGCUGCCGCCACAGAUGCUCAUCAACAUCAGCAUGGGGCUGCCCGACGACACGCCCACGCCAUCACCCUCACCGCCUGGCGCCCAUCCCCUGUCGCUGGUCGACAACCUGCCGGACCUGUUUCAGAGCCCACCGGUGCACUCGUUGCGUGAGAGGGGAUGGGAGGGGGGCGGCGUCCGUGCGCCGCACUCGCCGCCCUCCUCGUCGCACUCACACGCAGGAGCCACCCCGUCUCGCUUCCUCACGCACACACUGGGCGGAGACCUCUUCGGCGCCCCCACCACCGACACACACAAGCAGCGACCGGCGUUCCUUCGGCUGCCGUCAUACCCCCUGCACACACACGAGACCACCACCAGCUUCGGCAGCUUUGGCAGCAGCAGCACGGGGGUGGGUGUGAGUGUGGGUGUUGGUAUGGGUGAGGUGACGCUCGUGAGAGAGGACGGGGGAGAGAUCAGACGGAGGAGCGGCCCCGGCCACACCAUCUCAGACGAGACCUCCGAGCACGAGCCGUUGCCGAGCAUCAUUCCGCCACCCCGCAGCAGCAACUACUGCGACCCCUCUCACUUGUCCCACACCCUCAGUGCGUCCCGCUCCUACUUCCCUCCGCCCCCACCCGGCUUCUCCCCUCGCAACCGGGACGCCACGUCCAUGGCGUCGAAUCAAAUGCCAACCAGCACAACCACCACGACACCAACAGGAGAGGACAGGGGGAGGGGCGUCCUGGGGCGGGUGCCUUCGUACACCUAUGCCAGUACCGCUGCUAGUGCUGCUGCUGCUGCUAGUGUAGGUGGUGGGUCGUUCGGCGUCCGUGGUAGGGGUGGGGGGGGUGAGUGGAUGAGGCCGCCUCCCCCGCCCCCACCACCGCCACCACCGGCUCCCCCACUCGUGGAGAGUAGGGCUAGCGGCAUGGCCUCCGGUACCUGGCGGACGUGACGUGACAUGAUGUGAUGUGAUGUGAUGUGAUGUGACUGACUUGUACUUUCUGGGUGCGUGGCUGAUAGAUGUGCGUACUACACACCGACAGGGGAGGGUAAACCAAGGAGGGCAAGGAGGGAGGGGCGUGUGGUGUGCGGUUGCUUACCUUACUUACUGGGAAUGCGUACGUACGGCUGGCUGCAUGCACACAGUUGCUGCUUGGCUGGCGAACUGGCUGGCUGACACGACACACGCAUGCGCAUAUGCAUAUGCACAGACAUAUCUACACCUACAUACCCACAUACCUAUCUACGCGCUAUGUUGACCUCGUCCCAUCGCAUGUCUCCCUCUUUCCCUCCCUGCCUGCCUGUCUUCCGUCCUGACCGAUCGGCCAUGGCCGAAUGACCGCAUUUGUGGCUGACUGACUGGCUGGCUGUCUGGCUGGCUGGGCGAGUGGGUGUGUAUUGUCUUGUCGCAUGUAUGAUCGAUCGCAUGGCUGUCUGUCCGAUAGAGUCAUUGAUUGAUGACAACCGAUUUAUCUAUGCAUGCAUAGCACGAUCGCUUGUUGCCCCCCUCCCCCCCACUCACCUUGUCCGUCCGUUUCUCCCCUUCCCCUCCCCGAUUGGAUUGGAUUGGAUUGGUGGACUGUCUGUCUGUCUGCGGCUUGGCUGCUGCGUGCCCUGCAUAAGGCUGGCACGGAAGGCGGCCGCCACGACUGGCUGGCUGGCUGGCAUGGCUGGGUAUAUACAUGUCUGUCUGCAUCUAUCUAUCUAAAUCGGUGAGCUUCGGCACGUGUCGGGAGGGGAGGGACGGGCGUGGGAUGACUGACUGACGUAUGUAUUCAUUGAGCUGGCUGUCAUUCCUGCAUUCGUUCUUUCUUUCUGGCUUUCUUUCUCUUAUCACUGCUUCAUGCAUUGAUUCAUUCAUCGGACGCUCUAUAUUUGUUUGUGCGGUGUCAUCCAUCCAUCCAGCCAUUCAUUAUGUAAUGAUUCAUUCGUGCAUUCAUUCAUUCAUUCAUUCAUACGUAUCGUCACCCAUUUGAGAGAGGGAGAGGGCGGAAACUUACUAGCUCAGCCACUGACUACCUACCUACCUACUUGCUCAUGCUGUCUGUGUGGAUGGAUGGAUGGAUGGAUCCUCUGUAGGUCGAUCGCUAUCUCGAUCGCUAUCUCGCUCGACUACUUGCUUGCAUGCAUACCUUAUGCAGCAUAUGUACUGAUUUGCUGCGUACACACGUACCUAUCUACCUACCUACCUACCUACUUGCUUGCGUAAGUCUUACGGAGGGAGGGCAUGGCGGGGCGGAUGGGGCUGGUUGGGUUGGCGACUGUCUGUCUGUCUGUCUAUACUGGCUGACGACAUGACAUCCAUGUGUCAGUCAGUCACGCGUCAUGACGGUUGUUGCUGGCUGUUGGAAGGAAGGGUGUGCUGUGGGGUGACGGGUGGGGUGGCUCUGUAGAUAUGUAUACUUGGACAACAGCUAUGGCUGGCGGGCUGGUAGCCAGGCCUCUCUCUCCGUCUCCCUCACUCCUUUGCUUCGCUUCCUCACUCACUCACUCACAGCGUCCCAUGCAUCAAUCAACUGUUCUCUGCUCUUGCUGUCAUGACAUGAUGCUUCUUACGUUGUUCAUCCGGCUGAUUGGUAUGUUGUAUCCAUGGGAGCACCUCGGCUCAAUUUUCCUGACCGAUGCACUCACUCGUCCAUACAUCCGUCCAGCCAUUCAUUCACUGCCUGCAUGCAGAAGGAAGGAGGUUUUCUGCUUUUGCCCUCCGCCCUUGUGUGAGUGAGUGAGUGAGUGAUCGACCGACCUGUAUGUGUCGACACUGGCUGGCUGGCAUGACGCACGCUGCUUUCCGUUUCCCUCUUUAUUUCUUUCUUUUCCUUCUCUUUUGUUUUGUUUUGUUUGGGCGGGCGCCUUUGGCUCUGAGGCGAUGCGCUUCACUGCCGCCUUUUUCUAACGUUCUUCAUUUGUUUACACAUGACGCUUUCGUUUUUCUUCCCUCCACCACUGGUCCGACAUGGUGGAUGGACGGCACGCUUUGUCCACUCUUGUACAGUAUAGAUGGCUGGCUGGCUGUGGCUGCUCACUGACUCCGCUAUCGCGCUCCUCUCACUCUUUUCACUCACCUCGUCUCAUCUCGUUCGUCGCAACGACCCAGGGGCACCUGCUGACCAACAGUGCUUCCUGGUGAGGCUGUGCUCGCCCUUGGUGCUAGCCAGCCCUAUUCCUUGCUGCCAUCUUUCCAUCUUGCUGAUCGUCAUUUGUGUGAAAGUGCGCGGAUGCAUGUGUGGCUGUUUGGUUUGACAAACGCGUGAAUGGGUGCACAUGUACACCAUACUGUGGCUGUCUCAGCUGCUCGCUCGCUCGCUCAACCGCUCGACCGCUCGCUCGCUCGACCGCCUGCCUCUUGGGCCACUUGUCCAUUCACCUCUGACUGACUGACAUCCGUACUGACUUAUUUACUGACUUACAUACUUACUGACUUGCCAACGUACGUACGUACAGCCUUGCGUACAUAUCAUUCAUAUCUACUCCACUCCCGGCCCUGCCAUGCAUACUUGCAUGCAAUGAGUGUAUCCAUUCAUUCAUUCAUUACAUCAUCGAAUCGAUUCACUCAUGCACAGUAGACAGACAGAUUUAGGUCUCGCCCUCUCGACCCGAUCCGCUCCGCUCCGCUCCGCUCUGGGGUCUAUCUACUCUAACGCUCCUCUGUCUGCCGCCCUUUUCGAGAAGAACCUUUGCGUAUGUAUGUAUGUGUGUGUGUGUGUGUGUGCAUCACUUUGACCGACGGACAGCGAAGGCAUGCCUGCACCAGUGCUGCUGGCUUUCCAGGGGGGGAUGGAUGCACACGCAGGCAGGCAGGCGGGCAAGCAAGGCAAGCAGGCUGCCCUUUUUAUAACAUGGUGUCAUUACUUGCUCAUUCACUGCUCAUCUUGACAAGCAGCAACUACACUGGGAGAGAGGGGGGGGAGGGAUCGAUUGGAGGGAGUGAUAGCGCUUUGAACUUACUCCACACGUAUCACGUAUACAUAAGAUAUAUACAGCCGACCUAGCUAGACCAGCCAGCCCCGCCCCGCCCCGCCCCGCCCAGCCUCACUCGCCGAUUUGUCGCUUCCUUCGUAUACCGUCCUUCUUUCUAUCUUUGGGCGUUUGGCACGUGCCCCUCUAUCAAAUCUGUUGUAUGUAUAGCAUGCAAAAAGACAGAGCCGGCCGGCCGGCUGGCUGGCACGCGCGCAGGUUUGUUCGAUACCCAGACAGGCAGGCAGAGGGAGGGAGGGAGGGAGGGGGGGAGAGAGAGGCGGGAAUGGAUGUAUAUGCGUCGCGUGCGGGUCGUUGGGGGUGUCUGGAUGGGUGGCGGGAGAGGUUCGCUCGUUGCAAUUUUUCUGGAGCGCUAGGUGGAACGACCGGAUGCUCGCUCCACAGGUAGGUACACAGACAACAGGUGGGAACACACAGAUGGACAGACAAACUGACAGAGAGAAAGAAAGACCAACGGAAGUGUACUCACCCCAUCCACCGUGUCUGUCUGUCUGUAAGGGGAGGAGGACUGCUGCUACGGACUGACCUGCCCUGUGUCUGUGUCUGCCUGUGUCUGAUGUGCUGUGUGUGCUGGGCUGUGUGGCAUGGUGUCGUGUGGUGUGGUGUGCGAUAUGGUGUUGUUGUCGGUGUGGAUGGAUGGAUGGAUGCAAGGAUGGGGGGUAUAGGUGUGGUUGCAAGGUGACUGACUGCUGACUGCUGACUGAAUGCUUGCUUGCCUGUCUGUCUGUCUGUCGUGAAAUGGAGUUUCUUGUCAGUGGCUGAUGGAUGUGACUGAUGCGAUCGAUUGAUUGAUUCAUGUGACUGACGUGGACUGGCGACUGUGUGUGGGUGGGUGGGUGGGUGGGUGUGUGGAUGUGUGGGUGCGUGUGUGUGGUGACUUGCGUGAGCGCCGCCCAUUCAUUCUGUCUUCCCCUGUUUCAAUCUUGGCAUUCUUUUUUUGGCGGGGGCCUGUCAGGUGCGGAGGGGAGGAGGUGGCCCAGACAGACAAAGAGACAGACAGACAGGUGGGUGCUGGGGCGCACCGACUGACUGUAGCUAGCGAUGCGGGAUGCCUCUCUGCCCAAAAGGACGCAAGGAAGAUGGAGAGGCCUCCCUGACUGACAUGACUGUCUGACUGACUGACUGCCCCGCCUGUUAGGUUUGUCUCUCAAGCCUCUGACUCACUGACUGACUCACUCACUCACUCCCUGCAUCGUCCCUCUCACUUUGUCAGGUACACAGGUAUACCUCCCACACUCGUUCGUUCUUGGCUUCAGUGAGUCGACGUGCGUGGGUCGUUUGAUGCGUGGAUUUCAAACACAGGCACCACACCCCGACACAGAGAUACAUACCCACACACAUGCAGCCAGAAGGAAGAAGGUAGUUGACGCAGGUAGGUCAGUCAGUCAGCCGUGGUUGGGUGGGAUGCGCUGAGAGUGAUACCAUGAUGAGAGCCCCGUCGGACCGGUUUCCGCCCUCCUUGUAAUUAACUGGCUGGCUACCUGCUGUGAGAGCUGAGUGAGUCGGUCCCACCGGCUACAUCAUGUGACUGAGUCUGAUGCUCAACACCCAUGGGUGGGUGGAUGGCUGUGGUAUGUCUGCGUGAGUGUCUUGCCUGCUCCCACUGUCUCCCUCUGUCCGGUUGUAUGUGUGCCAUGUUGCUCGUUACUUUGUCCUUUGCUCGUUCGUCCAGUCCACCACACGGAGUGAUCAUCUCGCUCAGUCAGUCGUAAGGUACGGUUCCUCUCUCACUCACUGUCUGUCCCCCUCACUCACUCUCUCGUCUGGCCUUGGCUUUCUCUUUCUUGCCGUCAUUUCCGCAACCUCGUGUCUCGUCAACCGUCUAAAUUCUCGCGGCGGAACGUCUCGUGCGAGUGGGGCACAUCCCGCUCGCUUUGGGCGUUCCGCUUGGCGAAGGAUGACUGUUGACGAUACAUGAGACCGGAGGGCAACCUUCCGCUUGCUUGAUCCGUGUAUCCGGCUCUGCCUUGUCUGUCUGUCUGUCUGUCUGUCUGAGAUGGCUACGAUCGUGUUCGUCUAUUUUUAUGCGGCGUGGCAGGCGUUCAUUCCCCAUGCAUCAUGCAUAUUGGACACCCACGGCCGUCGACGAUCCGUCUCCUCUCUCUCUCUCGGCAGCACCUCACGACACUACAUGUACACUUCACACACACACACCCAUCAUGGCCCAAUUGGGGAGUUGGGCACAUUCUCGCGACGGGCCUCUCCCACACCUUCUCUCCCUCUCAUCUCGCCUUCGAUUUGUGUUCUCGCCGUCAUUCUAAUGUCUGCUAUGCUCGUCUGUGCGGUGGUUUUUUGCUCUAGUCGGUUUUUGUUGCUUUGUGCGUUAUGUCUCGUUCCGUCAUGUCAUGCCACGUCAGGGUCACGUCAGAGAGUCAGACAGGGUCAGUCAGCUAGCGUGUUUUGAUGAAUUGAGGUCGGCGUGAUGCGAAGGCAUCCACCGAUCGUCCCCUGUCCUCUCCUGCCUGCGGCGCUUCCCAGUGUUGACUAGCCCAGCCCGUCUACCUGUGUUUCUUGAUUGAUUGGCGGCACAGACAGACAGAAGGGGGUCUUUCUGUCCCCCGUUUUUUGGACAGACAGUGCAAUCAGGUCGCGUGCUGUGUUGGGGGUUGGGUUCUAUCUGUCGUGUUAUGUUAUGUUGCUUGCUGGAUGUGGAGAAGGAAGGGAGGGGGCACAUGCGCAUCACAUCUCCAUCACACGCACGCAUGAAGCGUUCCAUUCCAUUCCGUCCAUUUAGGCCUGUCUGUGUGAGUGCAUAUGGUACCCCCUCUUUCUUGGCUGGCUCUUCAUGGCUGGGCGGGGGCGGGGUGGGUGUGUGGGGGUUGAACGGCACCUAAUUCGAUGGUUCCUUAUCUGCAUGCAUAUGUUCGUGAGGGAAGGGCAGCACACGAGACGAGACAGCGGCACAGACAAGACAAGACACGGAGGAGGGAAGUAAGAGUUUUAAGAGCAGGAGAGCCAGCUGUAAGAUGUGCUCACGCGAAGCGACCGACCAACCAUCACUGGAGUGUGGGAGCGAAGCGCACACUGGGUGAGGCAGAGGGGUGUGGUAGUGUUCUCAAUGCAGUAUUUUUGUCUGCUGUGGUGGGGCCACGUGCG